UUAGAGUGCCGUUUCCCUCCAUGGUUUCUCCCUUGGCUGAGUAAGUUGGCGUUUGGUUCAGAUCAUUUAUUCAGCCCCCCUUUCGCUCUCCCUCCAUCAGGGCAUCUUUUCUGCCUUCUGGGCUGAACACGAAACCCAAGAGGGAAAACAAAACAAAAACAGUCCCAACUUUGUGAAAGGGCGACAUGGACAUGAAAAAGAGGAUCCACUUGGAGCUCAGGAACAGGACACCAUCUGAUGUACGAGAACUUGUCCUUGAUAACUGCAGAUCAAAUGAGGGGAAAAUUGAGGGCCUCACAGCAGAAUUUGUCAAUCUUGAAUUUCUCAGUUUGAUAAAUGUUGGUUUAAUCUCAGUGUCCAACCUCCCUAAACUUGGAAAACUCAAAAAGUUGGAACUCAGUGACAACAGAAUUUCCGGUGGACUCGAUGUUUUAGCAGAAAAACUUCCAAAUCUCACACAUCUAAACCUGAGUGGAAACAAACUGAAAGACAUCAGCACAUUGGAACCUUUGAAAAAACUCGAUCACUUGAAGAGUCUUGAUCUUUUCAACUGUGAAGUGACGAAUCUGAAUGAUUACCGGGACAGUGUGUUCAAGCUGCUGCCGCAGCUAACAUACCUGGACGGAUAUGAUAUGGAGGACCGCGAGGCAUCUGACUCGGACGGGGAAGUGGACGGAGUGGACGAUGAUGACGACGAAGAAGGUGAAGGGGAAGAGGAUGAGGAUGGUGAGGAGGAAGACUUUGAUGAGGAAGAAGAUGAUGAAGAGGAGGAUGAGGACGAGGUAGAAGGAGAGGAAGACGAUGAGGACGUUAGUGGAGAAGAUGAGGAGGAAGACUUUGGCCAGGAUGGAGAAGUAGAAGAUGAAGAUGAGGAUGAAGAUGAUGAUGAUGAAGAAGAAGAAGAAGCAGCAACAAAGGGAGAGAAAAGGAAACGAGAAGCAGAUGACGAAGACGACGACGAGGAUGAGGAUGACGACUAAGCCAACGAGCCAAUCAGUUACCAACUUCUCCCUCCCUCAGACCCCACCUUGACCUUUGCAUCCCACUCGGCCAUCCCCCACCCCCCAUCCCUCCGCACUUCUCCCCCAGCUCUGAGCUCCCUGUGGGGGCGGACUGUACUGGACGGGUGCAGCGUGUGGAGCUUCACCCGUGGAGCCCAGCGAAAGCUCACUCAGCAUUCCACAAGUUCUCUAUCAAAUCCUGCCCUUUGACCUUCCCCUUGCCCCACCCUGCCCCGCCCUGUGUGUUUAAAGACCCGUGUGAGGACUUUGGGGACUGGUAUCUAGUUUUGGGUCUGUGCUUUUAAUAUUUUGUUGGAGAAUCUUCUCUACUUUUUAUUUUUAUUUUUUUUUUUGCUGUUGAGUUUUUUUCCUUUGUCUUUUUGUUCCCAAUUUCCCAAUAAGAUUUAUUGCUAUAGCAAAUGUGCGACAAGCAAGCCAUAAUUUUAGUGUGGCGGCCUGUCGUGCAAAUCAAGGUUGUAGCUACAUUUUUACUUUCUGUAAGACAACAAACAAAAACAAAACUUUGUAAAUAAAAUGAUAACAUUUUGUGCUUU